CCCCGCCCCGCUCGGGCCACCCCUUCGCCCGCGGGGCGGGGACCGAGCGCUCCGGGCUCUCGCGGCGGUCCGGGCCCCUCGCCGCCUCUCCGCCGCCGCGGUGCUUCCCGGAGCCGCGCGCGCCCCCGGCCGGGUGAGCCGCUGGACGACCAGAGCGCCGCAGGAGCCCGCGGGGACGCCAUGCGAGCCAGAGCUGAAGAAGAGGAGCUGGCGGGCAGCUCUGUGGCUUGUGCAGACUCCACAGGACGGGGACCUGGGCUCCCGAACCCCAGCCGGCCAGAGCCUGCUCUGCCCGCUGCUCCUGUGGCCACGGGUGGGACAGGUGGUGGUUCCGGCUGCCUGUUCACUCGAACCUUCCCCUGUGCUGGGAAGAAGCACACUGCCGAGCCGCUGCUGCCGCGCAGCGUGGUUGCUUGAAACGGAAGCAUCGCUGCUGCUCCAAGAAGCAGAGGAAGAGACAUGCACCCUUAGUGGCCCCCAGGCCAGGGUUUCCAGAUGGCGGCCCAGCGGAUCCGAGCGGCCAACUCCAGCGGCCUCCCUCGGUGCAAGUCAGAGGGGACCCUGAUCGACCUGAGCGAGGGGUUCUCAGAGACCAGCUUUAAUGAUGUCAAAGUGCCUUCUCCCAGUGCCUUGCUGGUUGAUACCCCCACACCUUUUGGAAACGCAAAGGAAGUGAUCGCCAUCAGGGACUACUGCCCCACCAACUUCACCACCUUGAAGUUCUCCAAGGGCGACCACCUCUAUGUGCUGGACACGUCGGGCGGGGAGUGGUGGUACGCACACAACACCACCGAGAUGGGCUACAUCCCCUCGUCCUACGUGCAGCCCUUGAACUACCGCAACUCCACCCUGAGCGACAGCGGCAUGAUCGACAAUCUCCCCGACAGCCCAGACGAGGUAGCCAAGGAGCUGGAUCUGCUCGGGGGGUGGACGGAUGACCAGAAAGGAUCCAGCAAGGCGCACAGUAAUAACCCUUUCUGGAGCGGGGUCCAGACAAACCCGUUUCUGAAUGGGAACACGCCAGCGAUGCCCAGCCUGGAUGAGCUGAAUCCCAGAAGCACGGUGGACCUGCUGCUUUUUGACACCGGCACGUCCUCGUUCACUGAGUCCAGCUCAGCAACCACAAACAGCACCGGCAACAUCUUUGACGAGCUCCCGACCACCAAUGGACUCCACACGGAGCAGCCGGCCAAACGGGACAACCCCUUCUUCAGAAGCAAGCGUUCCUACAGCCUGUCGGAGCUCUCGGUCCUGCAGGCCAAGUCGGACGCGCCCGCCACCUCGAGUUUUUUCACAGGUUUGAAAUCACCCGCUCCCGAGCAGUUUCAGAGCCGGGAGGACUUUCGAACUGCCUGGCUGAACCACCGGAAGCUGGCCCGGUCUUGCCAUGACUUGGAUCUGCUCGGCCAGAGCCCAGGCUGGGGCCAGACCCAGGCCGUGGAGACGAACAUCGUGUGUAAGCUGGAUAGUUCCGGGGGCGCCGUGCAGCUCCCAGACACCAGCAUCAGCAUCCACGUGCCCCAGGGCCAUGUCGCCCCCGGGGAGACACAGCAGAUCUCCAUGAAAGCCCUGCUGGACCCCCCGCUGGAGCUCAACAGCGACAGGUCCAGCAGCGUCAGCCCCGUGCUGGAGGUCAAGCUCAGCAACCUGGAAGUGAACACCUUCCUCGUCCUGGAGAUGAAGGUUUCUGCCGAGGUGAAGAACGACAUUUUUAGCAAAAGCACGGUGGGCCUCCAGUGUCUGAGGAGCGACUUGAAGGAAGGGCCGUACCUGCCCAUCCCACUCACCUACAGCUACGGGGACACCGUCCAGGUGCAGCUGGACAACCUGGAGCCCUGCAUGUACCUGGCCAUUGUGGCCCACGGCCCGAACAUUCUCUACCCUUCCACCGUGUGGGACUUCAUCAACAAGAAGGUCACCGUGGGUCUCUACGGUCCCAAACACAUCCACCCCUCCUUCAAGACGGUAGUGACCAUUUUCGGCCAUGACUGCGCUCCCAAGACGCUCCUGGUGAGCGAGGUCACACGGCAGGCGCCUGGCCCAGCCCCCGUGGCCCUGCACCUGUGGGGGAAGCACCAGUUCCUCCUGUCCAGGCCCCAGGAUCUCCAGGUCUGUAUGUUUUCCAACAUGACCAACUACGAGGUCAAGGCCAGCGAGCAGGCCAGGGUGGUGAGAGGGUUCCAGGUGAAGCUGGGCAAGGUGAGCCGCCUCAUCUUCCCCAUCACCUGCCAGAGCCCCAGCGAGCUCUCCGACUUCACUCUGCGGGUGCAGGUGAAGGAUGACCAGGAGGCCAUCCUGACCCAGUUCUGCAUCCAGACGCCACAGCCGCCCCCCAAGAGUGCCAUCAAGCCUUCCGGGCAGAGGAGAUUCCUCAAGAAGAACGAGGUCGGGAAGAUCAUCCUGUCCCCGUUUGCCACCACCACCAAGUACCCGACGUUUCAGGACCGGCCGGUGUCCAGCCUCAAGCUCGGCAAGCUACUCAAGACGGUGGUGCGUCAGAACAAGAACCACUACCUGCUGGAGUACAAGAAGGGGGACACGGUGGCUCUGCUGAGCGAGGAGCGCAUCCGCCUGAAGGGGCAGCUGUGGACCAAGGAGUGGUACAUCGGCUACUACCAGGGCAAGGUGGGCCUGGUGCACGCCAGGAACGUGCUGGUGGUCGGGAGGGCCAGGCCGGGCCUGCUGCCGGGCCCCGAGCUGAGCACCUCGGUGCUGCUGGAGCAGAUCCUCCGGCCCUGCAAGUUCCUCACCUACAUCUACGCCUCGGUGCGGACGCUGCUCAUGGAGAACAUCAGCAGCUGGCGCUCCUUCGCCGACGCCCUGGGCUACGGCAGCCUGCCUCUCUCCUCCUUCUGCCGGGCGGAGCUGGACAGCGAGCCCGAGCGCGUGGCCUGUGUGCUGGAAAAGCUGAAGGAGGACUGCAACAACCCUGAGAACAAGGACCGGAAGUCCUUCCAGAAGGAGCUGGUGAUGGCCUUACUGAAAAUGGACUGCCAGGGCCUGGUGGUCAGGCUCAUCCAGGACUUUGUGCUCCUGACCACAGCCGUGGAGGUGGCGCAGCGCUGGCGGGAGCUGGCUGAGAAGCUGGCCAAGGUCUCCAGGCAGCAGAUGGACGCGUACGAGUCUCCGCACCGCGACAGGAACGGGGUGGUGGACAGCGAGGCCAUGUGGAAACCCGCCUACGACUUCUUGCUCACCUGGAGCCACCAGAUUGGGGACAGCUACCGGGACGUCAUCCAGGAACUGCACAUAGGCCUGGACAAGAUGAAAAACCCCAUCACCAAGCGCUGGAAGCACCUCACGGGGACUCUGAUCUUGGUGAACUCACUGGACAUCCUGCGGGCAGCCGCCUUCAGCCCCGCCGACCAUGACGACCUGGUGAUCUGAACAGGUGCUGUGAGCAGGAUCCCCGUGCUGUCCCCAGGACUGUGGGAGAUCGGGGAGGCCACCCACGAAGGGGUCCCAUCCAGCCGCACACCAGGGACCGCAGCGUGUGAGGCGGGAACAGCAGGGGGCUGUCCACUGCAGGAUGUUGCCAAUCAAAUAGCUUUCUAUUUGUUUAAGUAUAAGUUAAAUUUAAAAUCACUUUUUUAAAAGCAGUGUCCCGGGGGAGGCUGGGACACGAGAAAGUUGGUAUCUAAUUUUUUAAUGGACUAUAAAGAUUUUAGAAAUCAUAGUAGGGGCAGAGGCCGUUGAGGUUUUUAUGUUGUUGAAACACUUUUUAAAUUAUGUCACAGAUGUACAUAGUAUUUAAAGGCCGUGGGUGCUCCUGCUUCCCAGCCUGCGUUUCACACCCAGCAGGGAAGGAGGGAGGGCUCUGUCGGGUGUGGCACCUUCUCAGCCCUGCGCACAGCGGGCGAAUCGGGCAGGCUGGGUCUCCAUCUGUGCCCACCUGCCUGCGGCCACUCCGCCCACCUGCCUCCUGCCCUCUGCCUUGGCCUCCUGCUGGACUCGGCAACCGUCCACAGAGCACGAGUCUUCCGUGAGCUUCCAGGGGCGCUUCUGCCCCACGGUAGCUGCAGGUGCCUGGCGGUGUGACUGCCAGUAGGUUAGUCUACCUGGAAGGCGGCGUUCCCGGGUCCGCUGCCCGUGUGCGGUUAGUCAUGUGAAAGGAAGGUGCCACUCGGGUGAGGAGGUCCUGCAGUUCUGUCCAUCGCCUGGUGUCUCCCUUGGGCGCGGGGGUGCUCUGUAGCCCCUGGGUAGAGAGAAAGCCUCACCCCCACCAGAGCCGGGAGGCCCCCGACUUCCUGCACCCACUGCAGAGAUUUGGGUGGCCUCCCAAGCGGUGCUGCACCCAUGGGUGCAGAGGUGACGGCCCCCAGACUCUGCAUUUCAUUGUGUCUAAGUCGAACACUUCUCCCCCGCCGGUGCCCCACCCGGCUGAGGUGAACUGUGUAGGUAAACAGUUGGGCACAAGGUGAAGACCCAUCUGAGCGGGUGGAGCGUUUCCCACCUGCAGCCAGGAGCUUGGCUGCCGAGCUCGGGUCGCGCCGGGUUGAAUCCCACCGUCGCCCCGUAGCUGCAGCCUCCUGGAAGGGGCGAGAGACGGGACUCCUGCCGGUGGCUUGCGGAGUGAGGGCCCCAGAGAGGAGCUGUGUCUGCUGCAGGGCAUCGGCCUUCGGUGCCGAGCUCACGGUUUCCUGAAACAUGAAAAUGACUUAGGUAACCACCGUGUAGUCCCUGUCCCGCAUCGCCACGCAGCCGCUGAUCAGGGCACUGAAGACCAACCGACAGAAACGAGCAGGACAUCAGCCCCCGUCGCUCAGAGUGACCCGACGCUCUGCCUCUCCGCUCCUCUCCUUCACACGCCCAGAGAUCACCUCACCUUUUCCCCAAAGAAGAACCAGUUGCACCUUAAACCAUGGAUGUUUCUCCUCAGGGGCUUUAAAUAGUUUCCUAUGCAACGUGUCUUGUAGCACAAAUUAAAUUCUACAAAAGUUGCAGUAAAUUUUAUCUGGCUAUUUUAACCCGUUAGUGUGUGCGUUUUUUUCUGUACCCCGUUGAACUUCAAAUAAAACAGAAGCAAAACCUAGUGU